CAGAACUUCACGAUAGUUCACCAUCCCACCGUAUUGUGGGCCAAGCAAAAACGGUGGCUGCUUAGUCGGGGUUUCCUCGCCCUAGCAGGCCCCGAGAGCUCGGAUUGAUUUCUGCCGCAGAUUAACGGAUCUCGUCAACGGGGAGCCGCAUUUAUAGGGCCAUCGGAAUAACCUCACGAUAGAUCUGGCAUCUAGAAAAGAAGACAUUGACCAGAAAAAGGUGCCAUUAGCCGCCGCGUCUACAAACCUUUUACACGCGCCUAAUUAGACUGUUUCCCCGCAUUGUGAAUACGGCAACAAACAACAUCGAUUCUGUGAGACCUAGUGGCCUCUGUUUCUUAUUACAUAUUGACUUUUGAAAAAGUUCUAUAUACAAGCACUUAGCUGCUUAGACUUGGCUUCUAUCGGGAAAUUUCAGGUUUCAUCUCAGAUCGACACAGGACUACAGUCGCCACUACUAUCGCCAGUAUGCCGCUAAAGGGCCUUCUGGCAGGCAAAACCGCGAUUAUAACAGGCGGAACAACUGGUAUCGGACGUGCCAUCUGCCUCGGCUAUCUUCGUCAGGGAUGCAACGUUGUUGUUAAUCACCUCGGUCUGGAAAAGGACCAGAAGCACCUAGACUCGCUCAUCGCUAAAGCGGGUGCCAUCCUAGCAGAGGACCCUGCCGCUGGUCGUCUUGCUCAUGAGGCCGGAGACGUGCGCCAAGUUGAAACAGCGGCCAAGCUGGUGGCUGCGGCGGUUGAACAUUCAGGCCCGGCACGGCGCCUCGACAUCUGCGUCUCUAAUGCCGGAGUGUGCACUUUUGCCGACUUUCUGACGCUGUCGCCGGACUUGCUCGAGACCACGUUUAGGACGAAUGUUGAUGGAGCCUUUUACAUCACACAGGCGGCCGCUCGACAGAUGGCACUGCACCAGAGCCCCUCAGGCGGCAGCAUCAUCGGCAUGUCGUCCAUCUCGGCGCUGGUUGGUGGCGGCCUCCAGACGCAUUACACACCGACCAAAGCUGGUGUGACGAGUCUGAUGCAGAGCACCGCGGUGGCUCUGGGCAAAUACGGCAUCCGUUGCAACGCGUUGCUACCAGGGACGAUUCGCACGCAGCUGAACGAGGAGGAUCUGGCUGAUGACGCCAAGCGGAGCUACAUGGAGGGCAGGAUACCUCUUGGGCGAACGGGCGAUCCGGCGGAUUUGGCGGGGCCGGCCAUCUUUCUUGCUUGUGAGGAGCUGAGUGGUUACGUGACGGGUGCGCAGCUGCUGGUGGAUGGCGGUCUGUUUGUUAAUCUACAGUAGAUUUGGCAUCUUGGGCAGCGUGGCUAUGUAUUGUAUCUGGAUUGUUUAUGCAUUGUUUCAAAC